AUGACAGCCACAGCAGCUUAUUCGGCUACUAUGCCAGACUUGAGAGGUGACCCAGCCCCGUCUAGUCUCUGGCCAAACUAUGGUGGACCGGUCCAUAUGACGCCGAGGAUCUCCAUUGACGCUGGGCUUUCCAACCCGCCUCCAGCAUCGCCGCAUUCUGGACGGGCAAGGAGUGACCAAGCGAGCAUCGACCAGCAAACAUACUCGUACAGCCGAUACUCUCACGAAGAUGCUGACCCAUACAACGGGUCGUCGCAUACAGGACCAAGCGCCCAUCUCGGGUAUCAGAAUCAUCUAAAGCGUCCUUUCUCGCAAACGGACCAAUCGAGUGGCCAUGAGGUCUCCCCGGAUCUUCGAGGUGAUGGCUCGCGACCACAGACAAGCCAUGAUCACAAACUCUUAUCCUUUCGAAGGUCCCAGGAGAGCCAAGCAAUCACUGAUCAACACGGGCGACUGCAGCAACUAGAGCUAUCGGCGCAACUGCACGGGAUGUUCUUCCUUUCGGAAAUGCCUGCGAAUGCAAACGAUGGCACUGCUCUUCAGCCAGAGCUGACUUGUUAUCGUCGUAACUUGUUCCAGAUAAGCGGAUCACUAAUUACACCUAGAGGCCAACUGUCCGUGCUCAAUGAAUCUGGGGAGAGCACGGCCAUCACCAGUAUGGAGGUGACGAUUUCAGCCAUUGAAUCAGUCGAUGGGAACCCCGUGCGACUAAUUGUCAUCCCCUGGAAGACCCCGCCACCAAAUCUUCCAGACCUCAACCAGAGCCCUGAUCAAGAACCACCGGCCCUUCCAUUGAUCCCAUUUCAAGAAGAGGACGCCGAGGCAGACGGGGAGUUUGCAGUGUACCCCAUCGGAUGGCGGCGGCUGCAGUUCCGAAUUGCGACCGCCAACAAUGGCCGACGUAAAGAACUUCAACAGCAUUUCGUUCUUCAUCUGAAAGUAUUCGGUACACUUUCAAACAACUCGAAGGUUGUACUGACCGAAUCAACCACGGCCCCUAUUGUCGUGCGAGGACGAAGCCCUCGCAACUUCCAGGCCCGGAAAGAAAUUCCCUUGUUAGGAUCCAGUGCUGGUUCUCGAGGACAAGCGCUGGUUGAAACCGGCCUAGGGGUUGUAGCAGGAGCAGUCAACGUGAAGCAACAAGACGCAAAACCCAGAAGCGGGAUAGAGACUAUGCAGCUACCACCAAGGUCAGCCUUCACCUUUGAAGCGCCGAAGCCAGCAGCUCCUCAGCUCGACCCGAUCAGAACAAGCACAUUUUCGCCUUGGGCUCCUGCGGCUCAUAGUUCUUUGGGUCCGGUACCAUCCUCCACAUCUGGGUCAUGGCCUCCCACUACGAUGGGGACAGACCUUUACCAAAAGGUGCCAACAUCGAGCGGAGCUAGUUUCAGUACCGACCCUCAAGAGACCUCUCUUCAAACCGCCAUGGCUCCCUCAGGAUCUCUAUCGCUGUUAUCGGACGAUGACCACUCACGACCUCAGUACACAUAUAUACAGUCCAGCACAACACCUCGCCAGAUGGCGAUGGAUCCUACGACCCAAAUAGGCCCCGAUAGCGCAGUCAAUGUCCCACGUUACGUGGACGAAGGAAGGCCAACCAAGGCGUUCCGCAAUGCUGGCCACCAGUCCGUGCACAGCUCUGGAUCGAUUGGAAACAGUGACUCUACUUCCGAAUAUCGCUAUGGAUCUUAUACAACCAUACCCAGUACAUCUACUGAGAUUCCCCAACCCUCCUUCAACUCUGAUGCGCCGGUCACGAGCCAAGGGGGGCAGCGCGAGAUUUACCCCCCGACACAAUCUUGGACGACCUCUUCAGGGGGCGAUAGCUCGAUACUGGCGUAUUCUGGACCUGAGGGUCACCCAUAUACAUCCCCGUAUGAUCACCAGAAGAGCCGAGUAAGUGGCUCUCAGAUCAAAACCGAGGCCCAGACCAGCCAGCCGGAAAGCUACAGUAGUGGCCACCGCGGCUCAUUCGAUGCCAUGAACAACUACUCAUGGAGCAACAGCUAA